UUUAUCCGCUUAGUUUGUUUAUUACAGUAUUUGACUUUACACACAUCAUGGAUGGUAGACAUGCGAAUAGUCUGUUUCGAUCUCAAAGAAUCGAUACAAAGAGUCGACUCGUUCGAAAUGUUUCUGUAUAUCUUAGGGUUGUUGGUCAUUUUCUAUGGCUACCGGUGGUUUAAAGAGCUGAAGCAAGUGCCGAAUAAAUCAGAAAAACAUGUCUACAUCACCGGUUGUGACACAGGCUUCGGAAACCUCCUGGCCAAACAUCUGGACGAAAAAGGUUUCUGUGUAAUUGCUGGCUGCUACACAGAAAAAGGAGAGAUUGAGCUGAAAAAGGCCUGCUCAGCCAGACUCAUUACUGUUCAAUUAGAUGUUUCUGAUAAUGAUAGCAUCAAGAAGGCUGCAGGUAUAAUUAAAAACACUGUAGGAGAGAAAGGUCUGUGGGCUGUUGUAAACAAUGCAGGAAUAUCUCAGCCAUCAGGGCCUACUGAAUGGAUGGUUCUUGACGACUUCAAGAAAAUGUUAAAUGUUAACCUAUUAGGGGUCAUUGCUGUGACCUUGAGUGUGCUCCCCUUUAUUAAGAAAGCCAAGGGCCGUGUUGUCAAUAUCUCCAGUGUGGUUGGAAGAAUAUGUGUAAAUUCAGCACCAUACAGUAUCUCAAAACACGGAGUGGAGGCGUUCAAUGACUGCCUGAGGUUAAACAUGGCACCAUUUGGAGUUAAGGUUCUGUGCAUUGAACCAGGAUUCUUCAAAACAAGCAUGUCAGACCCUAGUUUUCUUCAACACAAUCUUCAGAAAUUUUGGGACAGACUGCCAGAAGAUGUCAGGAAUGACUAUGGGAGUGACUACAUUGAUAAAGUGAAAGCAGUAUUUGCAAAGAGGAUUGGAAAGAGUCUGGAUCAAGAUCUGUGGAAAGUGGUGAGCUGUAUGGCACAUGCCGUGUCUGCUGUCCAUCCUCGUACCCGGUACUCUGCUGGCUGGGAUGCAAAAUUCUUCUGGCUGCCUCUGUCUUAUAUGCCAUCAUUUAUAACUGAUGCCAUUCUAUUAAAAAACACAAUCAAACCCAAGGCUUGCAUUUAAUAUUUCGCAUAGGUCAAGUAUAGAGAGUUUUUGGACAAUACAAAUUGGACAAUAAAUGCUACUAAUAAAAGCAUAAGUCAAUACAAUUUCAUGUUAAUAAUCUUUAUAUGUUUAAUAAUUAAGAUUAAGUAAUGAUAGUUAAAUUAGAAAGUGAAAAGAAGCCAAGUGACUGUAGCAACGUUAACAGGAGGAUGAUAAUUAUUCUACUUUUACUGUAUUAUAACUACAGUAUAUAACUUUUAUUAUAUACUUUAUUUUAUUACUAUACUAAACAGUAAUGUGACCAUAAUGUUUAUCGAUUUUAAAUA